AUGGUUCGUGUCAUCAUCAAAGGAGGUGUUUGGCGUAACACAGAGGAUGAGAUCCUCAAAGCAGCCAUAAUGAAGUAUGGAAAAAAUCAGUGGAGUCGAAUUGCUUCACUACUUCACAGGAAAUCUGCGAAACAGUGCAAAGCAAGAUGGUUCGAAUGGUUGGAUCCUGGAAUAAAGAAGACAGAAUGGUCACGUGAGGAAGACGAGAAGUUGCUUCAUCUGGCUAAGUUGAUGCCAACCCAAUGGCGGACCAUUGCCCCUAUCGUUGGUAGGACUGCUGCGCAGUGUCUCGAGAGAUAUGAACACUUACUGGACGAAGCACAGCGUAAAGCAGAAGGUUUGGACGAUGAAGCAACGGAAGCGAAGAGGCUAAAACCUGGAGAAAUUGAUCCCACACCGGAAACUAAGCCUGCACGACCGGAUCCGGUUGAUAUGGACGACGACGAGUUGGAAAUGCUCUCUGAAGCUAGAGCGAGGCUUGCGAACACUCAGGGAAAAAAGGCUAAAAGAAAGGCUCGCGAACGACAGUUGUCGGAAGCUCGUCGUUUGGCAUCCCUCCAAAAACGUCGUGAAAUGAGGGAAGCAGGUUUGCUUGUAAGGAGAUUCAAGAGACUCAGGAAAAAUGCGAUCGACUACAGUGGGGAGAUUCCUUUCGAAAAAGCUGUUCCCGCUGGUUUUCAUGAUCCAUCUGAAGACAAUUUUGAUAAAGACGACAAACAUCAGAGAGCCAUCGCUGAUCAUCAAAAACCACGUAGAAUGGAGAUUGAAAAUGAGCUACGAAAACAAGAUAAGGAGAAACUCAAGAGAAAGAAACCCGAAGACGAACCAGAGUCGAUCUUUAAAACUAAGGAGAAAAAGAGAAGCAAAUUGGUUCUUCCCGCACCACAAAUUAGCGAUCGCGAAAUGGAGCAAAUAAUCAAAAUUGGUCAUGCCAGUGAUAGUGUUCGUCUAUACGCCGACGGAGGCGCUACGAGCUCACUUCUCACUGAUUAUGCAGCAUCUGCACGUGCAAACGCUGUUGCUGCUCGUACUGCUCGCACACCUGCUGCCAGGGACACUGUGCAGAUGGAAGUGCACAAUAUCCUUGCUCUACAAAAUGUAGACACCCCGUUGAAAGGUGGUCUCAACACUCCUCUUCAUGAAUCGGAUUUCUCUGGAAUUUUGCCGACUCCUCGAGCGCAAGCAACUCCUAACACUGUUCUCAAUGCGGUUGCUGCUACUCCAGCUAGUACAUUUGGAGCGACGCCAAGUUCGGUGGGAUCGUUCACACCUGGGCCUGGUGGAGCAACUCCUGCUUUCCGCGAUCAAAUGGGCAUCAACGAGGGUGGAGCUACAAGUGGAAUAGAGGCGCGGGCACAGCUGCGCAGAGCCCUUGCUUCUUUACCUGAACCCAGAAAUGACUAUGAAAUCGUGGCACCGGAAGGUGAAGGUGAAGCAGAUGAGGAUCAGGAAGAAAAGGAAGAGGAAUGGGUAGAUGAUGCGGCAGAUGUAAAGGAAUCAAAAGCGAAACAACGUGCUUUGAAGAGACAACGUGAACUUGCUCUAAGAACUCAGUUAUGUGGACUUAAUGUUAUCCAACGUUCUUUACCGAAGCCAUCAAAGGUGUGCGAUGCAGCAUUUAAACCGUCACUGAAUAGGACAGAUAUGGCCAAGGCUGAUGAUUUGAUCAAAGCUGAGAUGGCACGGUUGGUGGCCUGGGAUGUCCAGAAUAACGCUCCAAGCGAAAUUUACGAGGAAAAUGACCUGAAGGCCGCAUCGGAACUUGUCAAGUCUGUCGAUUAUAAUAGGAAGGAUUGCGACGUUGGACCUCCAUUGGAUGCUUCUAUGUGGGCUGUCAUCGACCAAUGCAGCACGGAGUUGGUACAUAUUAGGGGGAAAUUUACGAGAAUUGCUGUACUUGGCCGUGGAGAGCAAAUCGAAGCGCUUCAUUCGCAAUUCCAGAUUUAUCGUGACUGGAUGAAUGCUAGAGCGAAAAGGACAGGAAAACUUGAGAAAAAACUUAAAAUCAAGCUGGGUGGUUACCAGGCUAUUCACACAAAUUUGGCAUCGAAAUUAGCUGAAGUAAGGAACGAAGUGGAAAUGGCCGCUAUUGAGAGAGAAACUUUCAGACGGCUUUCGGAACACGAAGCAAAGUCAAUCAAUAAGAGAGUUUCUCGUUUGCAAGAAGAAGUACGACAACAAGAAAAGAGAGAACGAGAACUUCAAGAGGUUCAUGGAAAAUUAAAAGACCAACAUUGGAAACUGGAACAGCUGGAACUUCGAAGUCAAGCGACAGUCGGCGCUGAACCAGUCGCGUACAAUCAAGCGGUGGAAGCAAAGUGA